UGGCGGUCCGUAAACAGACAGACAAGGUGUCCGAAGAGAGUGAAUCACGAUUCGAACGUCGGUUUUUGUGCGACCUUCGCAGACUGAUCGAAUGCUUCAGCUAAUAGUGGGUAAAUGAGGGAAACUCUUAUCGUCCCGGUGCGCUGGAUCCUGAGCUUUAAAAAACGGUGAGCUGACUCCUGGAAGAAUUAUGCGCAUCGAAUGUGCUGACAAAUCUUUGAGCAGCAUUUACGGUGCUCCGAGACAUUCGGAUGACAAUCAUCCUUACUUGGAGGCUCUCCUAGCGCUCUUCAUCUGGGGCCUCAACCUCGCGCUCAGCCUUAUCUACUACCUGAAGCCCAGAUGGAUCCAAUGGUGCCCGACGUCAGAAACGCAGCUCGCGAAGGCCGAGAGUCGGAUGUUAUGCCACCUGAAGAGUGAGUUCCAGCUCAGCUUCAUAACUAUCGACAACUGCACCGCUGCUCGGGGAACACACGAGAUUCGAACUCUCGUGAUCCAUGGAAAUUCUCAGGCCACGCCUCUAGUUCUUCUGCAUGGCUUCGGAAGCGGUCUGGGUAUGUGGGCACUGAAUCUGGAUGAGCUGAGUCAAGGAGGAAAACGAUCAGUUUAUGCCAUCGACAUCCUGGGAUUCGGAAGAUCCUCACGGACGAAGUUCGCUCACGAAGCAGCUGAAGUUGAAAAUCAAUUCGUGCGCUCUGUCGAGAAAUGGAGACAGCAAAUGAACAUUCGGAAGGCGAUAUUUGUCGGUCACGCGCUCGGGGGCUUCAUAGCGGCGAGUUACUCGCUCAGGUUCCCAGAGAGAGUGUCCCAUCUGAUCCUGGUUGACCCGUGGGGUCUCCCCGAGAAAUCCGCGCACACGGAGAGAUAUCUUGUCAUCCCCGCGUGGGCGAAACUGGUUGUCAAUCUUCUGCAUCCUUUCAAUCCGUUGGGAGUUCUGCGAGCUGCUGGACCGUUGGGACCUCAUUUAGUGAUGAAGUUCCGACCUGACCUUCGGAAAAAAUUUGACCACGUCAUCAAAGACCGUAGAUACGUGCCGCAGUACAUUUAUCACAUCAACGCGCAAAAUCCAAGCGGCGAGGCCGGCUUCCGGUGUAUGAUGAACUCCCUCGGUUGGGCCCGACACCCAAUGCUGAAACGAAUGACACAAGUACGACCGAGCAUAUCGAUAACUUUUGUUUACGGAUCUCGCUCCUGGGUGGACAAAGGUCCAGGAGUUCGAGUCAAGCACAUCAGGCCGCAUUCGAACACCGAAGUUGAAGUAGUAGAGGGAGCGGGGCAUCAUGUGUACGCAGACAAACCGGACGAGUUCAACAAACUCGUGAAUGCCGUUGCGGAGCAGGUAGAUCAGAAACAAGCUAGUGAAGCCCUCAACGAAUGAGUCCGCGGUACGAUCAAUCCGCUAGGAAACGAACGAAGUCAUGGAAAGCGUCGACGAAGAAUCCCCCGCAUACUUGCGGGGUUCGCUUCACUGGUAAUUUAAACACUCAAGUCAUAUAUCUUCUGUUAUGUAGUCUUCGAAUUUAUACCGGUUCAAGUUUUCCUGUAAAUAUGUGAUAGUCAGGAUCCGCCGACUCCAGGCUCCGGUCCAUACCAGUCAUAAAGAGAUAUUUACUCAAAUAAAACACGUGAUCACGCCGAUUCGAUGUUACUUCG